AUGAGCAAAUAUGGAUUCCUGAAGAUUGCAAGAGACAUCUCUGCAGCAUUGCCCAAACCAAAACCUCCGACAGCCCAAAAGAUUGAGUUGCCUCAAGGGGAAACAGAGAGAAAGAUUUUGGAAUUUGCCAAAUCUGAAUUGAACGAAAAAACCUUAAACCAUUCACUUCGAGUUUAUUCAUACUCAGUAGCAAUCAUCAAGGACCAAUUUCCAGAGUGGGACCUCGAUCUUGGAGUUUUAUUCACUACCAGUUUGCUUCAUGAUAUUGGUACAACAGAAAAGAACAUGAGGGCCACCAAAAUGUCCUUUGAAUUCUAUGGUGGCUUGAUUGCUCGCGAAUGGGUAUUGGAACAUACCGAAGAUAGUGAGUACGCUGAUGCCGUUUCUGAAGCGGUCAUUAGACACCAGGACUUGGGAACAACAGGCUACAUUACAACAUUGGGCUUGAUUAUACAGAUUUCUACUAUUCUUGAUAAUGUGGGUAAGAACACCCAGUUUAUCCACGAGGAUACUCUUGACUACUUGAAUCGCAAGUAUCCAAGAGAUGGUUGGAAGUCAUGCUUUGCGAAAGUAAUCGAUACCGAGAAUUCUGAGAAACCUUGGGGUCACACGUCUGCUUUAGGUGUUGACGACUUUAAGAAGGGUGUGUUGGAUAAUAAUUUCAAGUACACCAAAUUGUGA